UUUUGAGGAAAGAAAAUGUGGGAACGAAGUUCAAUUUUACCCCUUUUUAAGUCCGAUUUUACCCUAUUUUCUAGUUGGUAUCUUUGAAUUUGUACAAAUUUUCAUGAAUUAUCGUGAAUAUAUACUAAUUAUAUGCAACAUGUACAAGUAUAUUUGAAGUUUUGCAUUGUAUAAGUUUUCUGCUGUUAAUAAAGUUUAUCUUUCAAUAAUUUUUUGUAAAAUUUGUGUCUUAACGUUUAUAUUAUUUUAUUAUUUUAUAAUAAAUAAUAACUUUAAAGUUUUUAAAUUUUGUUUAAUGAAAAUAAAAAAAUGUCCUACGUGCGGGCAACAAAUAGUUAAAAAGCAAGACAAAAAUGUAGAGAAUCCACCUUCGUUUGUAUCAGGGGAUGCUCGCGAUGUUGUAAAGUUUUAUCGGCAUAACAGAACUGGAUUUUUGCGGAAAGUUGCUCAAACGAUUACCAGAAGUACUUCAUCUCUUUUUGAAAAAAAUGUUUCUACCAAACCACCAAAGUCUAAACGCAGAAGAUCUUAUUGUCAGGUUAAAUUACCACCAUUGGAGCAAGCAGUUAUUAGGUUGAAACAUCUGCGUUCGUUAAAUUUUAUAAACAAUCAAAUCCCGUACGUUGUAACUUCAACUUGUUCUGACAAACAUGUUUUACGUACUCAUUUUACAAGCGAUUCUCUUACCCUUGAGUUUUUUAAUACAAUAUCACCCAUUUCGGUUGGUAAUUGUUCUGCAAAAUUUGACGUUUUUCUUUGUGGAGUCAAUUCUGAUCAAAGAAGUUUGCAUUUUUGGGAGCACCUCCUCACGUUCGUUAGUCUUGUAAAUGAUAAGAAGCGGCAGAAUAAAGUAUUGGAAAUUUGGGUUCCUGAACUUGGAAAUUGUUGUGAUCAACUUCUUUUGGUUGUGGAUGGCUGCGCUCUUACGUGUUUUCCAAUUGGAGUAAAACGAAGGAAGAGAAGAAUGCGAGAUCUAAAAAGUCAAAGAAGCGACAAUACAUUACAUCAAUUUACACAAUUGGAUAUUCAACCAAAUGCUAACGAGUGUGUAUUUAAAGUGGAUCAAACAAAAAUUGACUUUAUUGGAGCUAAACGACAGCGAAUGGAGGAAGAUGAUUUUAACGGGAUGAAUAAUUCUGGUACUAUCAACGUGGCCAAUGAUGAAAAUAAUGAGAAUAUGGAUCUUUCAAUUAAUUCUGAUUCCGGAAAACAUCAACAAAGGAGAAUUAGAAUGUUGCGAAGUAGCUAUUCUGGAACAAAGUUUGAUGAAACAAAAACUUCCUCAUAUCUUCCAACUCUUAUUAAUUCUAAAAUUAGACUUCGUGGAACUAGACUUAUUGGGAAAUGGAUAAACAAACAAACUUUGAAUAAAAAUGAAGCUGGGAAUUCGAACCAAUUCAGCAGACUUUUUACACCAAUCUUUAGUUCAAAAGGAAUAUAUCUAAAGUAA